AAUUGCGUCCCACCUCCUCAGUUGCAGACGUUUAACACCGCGGCGCCUUGUAGAGACGUCCAGGAGUUGACUAACGGCGUCGCCAUGGCCCAAGUUCUCCAUCAGAUAGAUGCGGCUUGGUUUGAUGAGCCCUGGUUAGCCCGAAUCAGAGAAGACGUCGGCGACAAUUGGAGAAUAAAGGCCAGCAAUCUGAAGAAGAUCCUGCAACAAAUCAUGAGUUACUACCACGAGGGUUUGGGUCAGCGGAUCUCGGAAGAGCUCGUUCCCGAUUUGAGCCGGAUUACCGAGGAUUCCGAUCCGACGGAGCUAGGCCGGCUACUGCAGCUUAUCCUGGGCUGCGCGGUCCACUGUGAAAAGAAACAAGAACACAUUCAAAACAUAAUGACCUUCGAGGAGUCCGUUCAACACGUCAUCAUGACGGCCAUACAGGAGCUGAUGAGGAAAGAAACGCCGGGCUCCGCGGCCCCCGCUCACGGCGCCGGAGAUUUGGAGCAACAGCUCCGGAUGGCUUUGGAAAACCUUCAGGAGGCCCUGGCCGAAAAAGAAGAACUGAAGCAGAGAUGCCAGGAGCUGGAUGUGCAGGUGGCCGCGCUCCAAGACGAAAAGAACACGCUGCUGUCUGAGAACGAGCUGAUGAACGAAAGACUCGAUCAGCUGGACAACUCCUUUGAUGAUCCAGGCACGGUGGUGGCCAAGAAAUACUUCCACGCUCAGUUGCAGGUAGAGCAGUUACAAGAAGAGAACUUCAGACUGGAAGCCGCCAAGGAUGACUAUCGUCUCCACUGCGAAGAUCUCGAGAAACAGCUGAUCGAGUUUCAGCAUCGGAAUGACGAACUGACCGGCUUCGCCGAGGAAACGAGGGCCCUGAGGGAUGAGAUCGACGUUCUCAGACUGAGUUCGGACAAGGCCAGCAAGCUGGAGUCGACCGUGGAGGUUUAUCGCGAGAAGCUGCGGGAUCUGCAGGACCUGCGCCAGCAGGUGAAAACCUUGCAGGACACAAACAUGCUGUAUAUGCAGAACAUGGUCAGCCUGGAGGAGGAGCUGAAGAAGGCCAACGCCGCCCGCGCGCAACUGGAAACGCACAAAAGGCAGAUCCAGGAACUCCACGCCAAGCUCACCGGCGAGUCCAAAAGGGCCGACACGUUGGCGUUCGAGAUGAGGAGACUCGAAGAGAAGCACGAAGCUCUGCUCAGAGAGAGGGAGAGGCUGAUCAUCCAGCGGGACACCCUGAAGGAGACAAACGAGGAGCUCCGCUGUUCGCAGAUGCAACAGAAUCAUCUGAACCUGGCGGGGGCGUCUGCCGCGGGCAGCCAAGGGAACCUGGCCGCCGAGAUGAUGCCCGUGGAGUGCCGGGAGAUGUUCAUCCGGCUGCAGCACGAGAACAAGAUGCUGCGCCUGCAGCAGGAGGGCUCCGAGAACGAGCGCAUCGCCCAGCUCCAAGAACAGCUCGAGCGAAAGCAGCGCAGCACCAACCGGCUGGAAACGGAACAGAGGCUGAGCGAGGAACACAUCGGCGAGCUCCAGCGCCAGGUGGAGGACCUCCAGAAGGCCUUGCAGGAUCAGGGGGCCAAGGCCGAAAACGAAGGCUCCAGCAAGCUAAAGCAGAAAUUAGAAGCUCACAUGGAGAAGCUGACUGAGGUCCAGGAGGAGUUGCAGAAAAAGCAGGAGCUCAUCGAAGAUCUGCAGCCGGAAGGACAGCACGGCGCCCAAAAGAUCGAAGACCUGGAAGCGGCUCUCCAGAAGAAAGACGAGGACAUGAAAGCGAUGGAGGAGAGGUACAAAAUGUACCUGGAGAAAGCCAGAAACGUCAUCAAAGCUCUGGACCCUAAACUCAACCCAGCGUCGGCAGAGAUCCUGCUCCUGAGGAAGCAACUGGCCGACAAAGACCGAAAAAUCGAAAUAUUGGAGGGUGAAUGUAAAGUUGCAAAAUUUCGUGAUUAUGAAGAAAAACUUAUCGUGUCUGCCUGGUAUAAUAAGAGUCUCGCCAUCCAAAAGUUGGGCAUGGAAUCCCGGCUGACCGGCCACGGCGCCGGGCCCGGCAAGGACUCGGGCGCGGGGCCCCCCGCCCGCUCUUUCUUAGCUCAGCAGCGCCACAUCACCAACACGAGGAGGAACCACCCCGGCCCAGCCCCCGCGGCCACCUCGGAUUAAACCGCCGGAGGGCCGACCCCGAUUCCCAAGUGCCCUUACGGAUUUGGCAGCUUCCGGGUCCCCGGGGGAGUUGGGACGCCGGACGUCCGACCCUUUCCCGGAUCGAAAAGAUGAGGAAACGAAUCCGGUCGGACGUUUUGUAAAACGCAGUAAAGGACCCGUAAGGAAGCAAA